UCUACCCCGCACUCCACUGUCCGCUAUCAUCUCCCCCCUCCGACCCCUCGCAGGCUGCAGCUCUGCUCUAGCUCCCUUCGCUCUCCAAUCCCAACGCACGGGGCUAGAAAAGCUUGCGACUUUGGCGAGAAUCCCCCCCCCCCUCGGGUACUCCCAUCUGGCCACCUGACGAGGUCCCCGGAUUCCGCUCCAGUGUCCACCGCUGCCGCCUGCUAAGAAGGUCCCGUGGCCGACCGGGGAUCCCGAAUCUCGGUCGCCUGAGCGGGGUAAGCGAGAGAGCCUCCUGCUUGGAUUUGAUUGCGUAGGCUGGUUCUUUCGAGUCCGAUUCGAUUUCUUGUUUGCUCGAGGGUUACAAGAUUUCGUAUGCUGGUGAGUGACGACGCACGCUGUUGUUGCGUGGUGUCGGUUGUGCAGGGGUAGUAGAUUCGGCGGCCAUGACGGGCGCCGUGCUGGUCGCCAUCGCGGCCUCCAUCGGCAACCUGCUGCAGGGCUGGGAUAAUGCAACCAUCGCAGGGGCGGUAUUGUACAUAAAGAAGGAAUUCAACUUGCAGAGCGAGCCCCUCAUUGAGGGUCUCAUUGUGGCCAUGUCGCUCAUUGGGGCAUCAGUCAUCACGAUGUUCUCCGGGGUAGUGGCUGAUUCUGUUGGUAGGCGGCCUAUGCUGAUCGCUUCGGCUGUCCUCUACUUUGUUAGCGGGUUGGUGAUGCUCUGGGCACCAAACGUGUAUGUGUUGCUCCUGGCAAGGCUCAUUGACGGGUUUGGUAUCGGUUUGGCUGUCACGCUUGUUCCUCUGUACAUUUCUGAGACUGCUCCGACAGACAUUAGAGGACUGUUGAACACAUUGCCGCAGUUCAGUGGGUCGGGAGGGAUGUUUCUUUCUUAUUGCAUGGUGUUUGGGAUGUCCCUCAUGCCAAAACCUGAUUGGAGGAUCAUGCUUGGGGUUCUAUCGAUCCCAUCGCUUAUAUACUUUGCAUUGACUGUCUUCUACUUGCCUGAAUCGCCGAGGUGGCUUGUGAGCAAAGGCAGGAUGGCUGAGGCUAAGCGAGUGUUGCAAAGGCUGAGGGGAAGGGAAGAUGUUUCAGGAGAAAUGGCUCUUCUAGUUGAAGGUUUGGGGGUUGGCAAAGAUACGCGUAUUGAAGAAUACAUGAUUGGCCCUGAUGAUGAGCUUGCUGAUGAAGGGCUGGCUCCAGAUCCAGAAAAGAUCAAACUAUAUGGACCUGAAGAAGGCCUAUCUUGGGUUGCCCGUCCUGUUCGGGGGCAAAGUGCUCUUGGAAGUGCGUUAGGUCUCAUCUCUCAGCAUGGGAGUAUGGUUAGUCAGGGUAAGCCCUUUGUGGAUCCUGUUGUCACUCUUUUCGGAAGUGUCCACGAGAAGAUGCCUGAGAUAAUGGGGAGCAUGCGGAGCACAUUGUUUCCCAACUUUGGCAGCAUGUUUAGUGUUGCGGAACAGCAGCAGUCUAAAGCUGACUGGGAUGCUGAGAGUCAAAGGGAAGGUGAAGAGUAUGCUUCAGAUCAUGGUGGAGAUGACAUUGAGGAUAACCUCCAAAGCCCACUUAUUUCGCGUCAAGCAACAAGUGUAGAAGGAAAGGAGAUUGCUGCACCUCAUGGUAGCAUAAUGGGUGCUGUGGGAAGAAGUAGUAGUCUUAUGCAGGGAGGGGAGGCAGUAAGCAGCAUGGGUAUUGGUGGAGGAUGGCAGCUGGCAUGGAAAUGGACUGAGAGAGAAGGUGCAGAUGGGCAAAAAGAAGGUGGCUUCCAACGUAUUUACUUGCAUGAGGAGGGGGUACAAGGCAACAGGGGUUCUAUAUUGUCAUUACCCGGAGGGGAUGUUCCUCCCGGUGGUGAGUUCAUCCAGGCUGCAGCUCUUGUGAGCCAACCAGCUCUUUACUCUAAGGAACUGAUGGAACACUGUUGUGCUGUUGGUCCUGCCAUGGUACAUCCAUCUGAGGCAGUUGCUAAAGGUCCAAGAUGGGCUGACCUUUUUGAACCUGGAGUGAAGCAUGCACUGUUUGUUGGCAUAGGAAUACAGAUCCUGCAACAGUUUGCCGGCAUCAAUGGUGUUCUCUACUACACUCCUCAGAUUCUUGAGCAAGCAGGUGUUGGUGUUCUUCUUUCAAACAUUGGUCUAAGUUCGUCUUCUGCAUCUAUUCUUAUCAGUGCCUUGACAACCUUACUGAUGCUUCCGAGCAUUGGUAUUGCUAUGAGGCUUAUGGAUAUGUCUGGAAGGAGGUUUCUUCUCCUUGCAACAAUCCCUGUCCUGAUAGUAGCACUAGCUAUCUUGGUCGUGGUCAACAUUGUGGAUGUGGGAACCGUGGUACAUGCUGCUCUCUCCACAGCCAGCGUCAUAGUCUAUUUCUGCUUCUUCGUCAUGGGGUUUGGGCCUAUUCCAAACAUUCUUUGUGCAGAGAUCUUCCCCACCACUGUUCGCGGCAUCUGCAUAGCCAUCUGUGCCUUAACCUUCUGGAUUGGUGACAUUAUCGUGACGUACACCCUUCCGGUGAUGCUGAACGCCAUCGGACUUGCUGGUGUUUUCGGAAUAUAUGCUGUGGUUUGCAUACUGGCUCUUGUAUUUGUCUACAUCAAGGUGCCGGAGACAAAAGGUAUGCCUCUUGAGGUUAUCACCGAGUUCUUCUCAGUUGGAGCAAAGCAAGCCAAGGAACCUAGGGAGGAUUAAUUGCUCAGAUCCGGCGAUCAGCGUCGCUGGCAGUAAUUUCGUGGUCUUCAAACUUCACUGUGGUUAAUCCUUUGAUGCCGGGUCAAAGAAACUUGGACCGUCCUACGGAGCGGGGGACAGUGCGCCUAAAGAGAUGAGUCGACUGUACAUCGUGAGGCUUGAUACUGUCAUAGGCCGGCUUUCAGAACUAGGAUGUGUAGAUCAUCAUCUGUUCUUUUUUGCUUGGAGACUCUGUAUUUGUGUUCGUUGGAAUUUUUGCCUGUCACUAGUGGUGUAUGACAGUUAUGUUAUUGUGUUUUUUGUCUUCUCAGUACAGUUCCUCUCUAAUUUGA